AUGACGACAUCUCCAGUGUUUGUUCUCUAUCUCACAUGUCUGUUCAUGGGGAACAUGGCUCAGCUGACUGAUCUGAAAUCGUCCUCAUCUGUUCAUCAAAACAGUGGUUUUAUAUCAGCUAAUGUUGGUGAAGAGAUAACUUUGCAAUGCUUAUAUCAAGCUAAUGUUGCUGCAAGACUUUACUGGUAUAAGCAAACUCUGGGACAGAAAAUGAAGCUCAUUUCUACUUUCUAUAAAUAUGAAUUAAAAAGCACUAUUCAUGAUGAAUUCAAGAACAAUUCACGCCUCACACUGGAUACUACAAAUGGUAAAAAUCACUUGAAGAUCACAGAUUUGCACAUUUCAGACUCAGCUACUUACUACUGCAUUAGUUGCUCUUUAAGUGUGUUCCACGUUUUGGUGGGCACUACCCUGAAUGUAAAGCGUUCAGCUUUGGUCCAUCAGUCGGCAUCUGAGAGCAUCCAGCCAGGAGGCUCUGUGACUCUGAACUGUACAGUACACACUGGGACCUGUGAUGAUGGAGAACACAGUGUUUACUGGUUCAAAAACUCUGAAGAAUCUCAUCCAGGACUCAUUUACACACAUGGAGGCAGGAAUGAUCAGUGUAAGAGGAACACCAACACACAAACACACACCUGUGUCUACAACUUGCCGAUGAAGAGUCUGAAUCUUUCUCAUGCUGGAACCUACUACUGUGCUGUCGCCUCAUGUGGACAGAUACUGUUUGGAAACGGGACCAAGCUGGAUGUUGGCAAUGAGGUAGACUCUCUUGUCUUGGUGUAUUUCUUGAGUGGAGCUUUGGUGUUCACCACCAUCCUCAGUGUUUUACUGGCUUUCUCAAUGUACAAGAUGAACAAGAGAAACAGCUUCCAGUCAGAACCUCAACAUGGAUUUGCAGCUCCGUCCACAGCAGAUGCAGAGGGUUACCAAGACACAGACAACCUUCAGUAUUCUGCUUUCAGUGCCAGUGUGGCAAACAGAUCAAGAAAAGAAAGGAACAACACCAAUAGUGAAUGUGUGUACUCCAGUGUAAAGAUGUAGAACAUAGUAAGAUGACACUUUAUUAGAAUCUGUUUUAUCAUGUACUUCAGUCUUACAUAUAGGUCUUGAGAUCAAUAUGUGUUUCAUGAUCUGCAGUCAAAAGUUGUGAACUCUCUGUGCUUUGGUUGGGUUUAGUAAUUGGAACAUUCAGGACCAUCCGCUCUCUUUGUUGCUUGUCAUUGUGCUUUAAUAUACAGGACGU